GCCCCGGUGUCUGAACUGUACUGAGAGAGACGCGAGACGGAGAUCGAGGACGAACAGAGAGUUUGUUGAUGAUAAAGCGCACGGAUGCACCUGCACUUACCGAACAUGGCCCAUCUGGUGUCAUCCAGCGCUGAUCCGCUCUCAUCUAACACCUGUGAUAUCUCCAGCUGACUUCAUCUCGUUCUCUACCGCUGAACAUCAUGCUGUCCGGCAGCUGGCGUCGGGGUACCAUCAUACCCUCUCCGAGCAGCCCGACGGGGAGUAAAGAUGGAUCAGGAUCAGGACUGGGGAGCACUGUGAUUCUUGAGGCUCAGUAUGACUACUCGUACCGCGGGACAGACGGACGUUUGGUCUCCAUACAUGAGGGCGAACGCUUUCUGCUUCUAAAAAAGACUAACGCAGACUGGUGGCAGGCUCGGAGGAUCGGGGUGGGCGCUAAGGUGAAACCAAUAUAUGUGCCAGCCACAUAUGUCAUUGAGUUACCUGUCAGCUCGUUCCGCCCAUCGCAGCUCGACAGCCAAUCAGAAUGUGGCAGUUUCAAGAUGAUCUCACGAGGUUCCUGCACACCUUGCAUGCUAUCAUACGGCUCGGUGAAUGACAAACAGUUCUGUCGAUCUCUGGAGAAUCUAAGUAACGGCUCCUCAAGGGACAAACACAAUGCUGGAGUUUCAGUUCUAGGACAUUUCCCCACAUUACCCCCCUCCUCCUCUUCUGGAAGCCUCAUGGUUCAGGGUGGAUUUUUGGGUUAUAGUCAGAGCUCCAGUAAUCUCCCUCAGAACCCAUACCAGGACACAAACUCCCCCAGACCCAGUAUAACCCGUUCUACUAAAUCUUACAGUCAAUGGGACGUAGCCAGUGCCACACGCAGACAUACAGACGGAAAUGUACAGCUCUCAUCAUCAGGGUACAUCUCCCAGAAUUCUCCAUCACAGCAGGGCAGGAGGCAGUGGGCGGAGCCUCCAUCACCGUUGCCGGGUCAACGACCUCUGCAGACGCUGCAGGUGUGGGAACAGUACCGCGACCCGAGCUCCGGACGAUUUUAUUAUUUUAACACCGUAACUAAAGAGCGUUCCUGGAAACCCCCUCGCAGAGCUCGUGAGACAAGCCAGAACAUGAGCGCUGCAGUGCAUUCUGGGAAGGUUCAGCGUGAUGUCAGACAUCUGUCACUUUCCUUACAGACUUCAGGAAGCAGAGUCACACAUAGGCUGUCACCUGACUUCCCCUACAUUACCCAUAAUGCAAAUGGUUGGCAGCUGAAUCAGAAGAUGCAGCGCGCGGCGUCGACCGAAGCUCUCACCUCCCCUUCUGCCAUCUAUGAGGAUCCUCUUGGCAGAAGCUCCACCUCCACUGGGGGCGUGACACAAAUAAACCACUCCCACUCCAUGUUCCUGCCAACACAAAGAGUUCAUUCUAAUGGAAAGUCAGACUACGGGCUGGAGGUUGAAGCUUCAUCAUCAGACAUCUCACCGGACAGUGAUGGUGUAACUCCGGAGCUGGAAAAGGCAGGUCUGCUCAACAAAACCAAGAUCGCAGAAGGAGGCCGGAAACUGCGGAAAAACUGGAGCCCUUCAUGGGUGGUUUUAGUGGGAAACAGUCUUGUGUUCUUCAAAGACCCUAAAAGCCAAAAUCCUGAAAGCUGGAAACCGGGGAACAGUCGUCCUGAGAGCAGCAUGGAUCUCAGAGGAGCUCAACUUCAAUGGGCCAAUGAGCUGUCCAGUAAAAAAAAUGUCUUUAAGUUGAGGACAGUCACAGGUAAUGAGUUCCUGUUGCAGUCUGACACAGACUCUCUCAUCAGAGAAUGGUACACAACCAUACAGAAAGUCAUAGACAGACUGGAUGAGGAGAACCCUCUGGAUAAUGUGUUGCUGUAUUCAUUGAGGAGAGCAGGUUCAGCGGAAAUGUUGGACCACAGUGGAGAUGAAGAUGAGAAUCGUCUAGGAUACAGAGCAUCAUUGCCGCGCUCCAUCUCAAACAUAGAGACCUCUGAACGUAAGCGUGUGAAGAGUCGAUUGAAGAAGUUGAUUCUCAGGAGACCUCCGCUGCAGACCCUACAGGAGAAAGGUCUUAUUAAAGAUCAGGUGUUUGGCUGUGGUUUGGAGUUGUUAUGUGACAGAGAUAAAUGUACGAUACCACAGUUUGUCAGGAAAUGUACGGAGGCUGUAGAGAGAAGAGGUUUACAUACUGAUGGGAUUUACAGAGUUAGUGGGAAUCUAGCGACCAUUCAGAAACUUCGCUUUGCUGUCAAUCACGAGCGUGCGGUGACCACAGAUGGCCGAUAUCUCUUUCCUGAGGAGUUAAUGCAAGACCGUUUGAAUCUGGAUGAUCCGCAGUGGGAAGACAUUCACGUCAUCACAGGAGCUCUCAAACUCUUCUUCAGAGAAUUACCUGAACCUCUCAUACCGUUCGACUUCUUUCACGACAUCAUGGAGACCGUCAAAAUAUCCGAUUACAUGGAGAAAGUGGAGAGACUAAAACUUCUGGUCAUCAGUAUGCCUUCACCAAACCACGACACAUUGAGACACAUGAUACGACACCUGACACGGGUCAUGGAGUGUUCAGACAGUAACCGCAUGACGACUCAGAACAUCGGGAUUGUGUUUGGACCGACCCUGAUGCGUCCGGAGAACGAGGGAGGAAACAUGGCCAUUAACAUGGUCUAUCAGAACCAAGCCAUCGAACUUCUGUUGAGUGAAUAUCAGCAGAUCUUUUGCCCUGGACCAACGGGUUCUUACUGAAUGACAGACACUUCAAGCCUAACAAGCACACACACACACACACACACACACACACACACACACACACACACACACACACACACACACACACACACACACACACACAAACUUCCUUGGUCUUGUGUGUUUUGUUUCAUUAUUCUGACUGGGGAAUCUCAUGACGGCCACACAAUUAUUUUUUUUAAUCGGUGUAUAACUUAAUGUAUAAGAUGUAUAAAUAUUUUACGACUCACAGUAUAGUCAUGAGAAUUUAGGGGGGUUCAAUGCAAAUAUAUAUAUAUAUAUAUAUAUAUAUAUAUAUAUAUAUAUAUAUUUGAAUGAAAAUGUUAUGGGUUUAAUGCUGUGACAGGUUUAUAUCUGUGUAUUUGUGUGGUUUGAGUGCCUUUGACUGUUUUCUGUUUUAAAGCUCAUCUCUAUUUAAUGCACUAUACAAAUGAUGAAAACCUGUCAGAUGAAAGCUGUGUGUGUCAUAAAGAUCAGCUCAGGUCAAAA